AUGAAGCAGGCGAGUCCAGCAUCUCGAUGGCUUCAGCUCCUUACAGCAUCGCAAGGGACAUGGGCAAUUCCCAUCAUCUGCAUACUCGUUCCCUUACUCAUACGAUGGAUUGUCGCGUUGAAUCCUUAUUCAGGUUUCAACACGCCUCCAAAGUACGGCGAUUAUGAAGCCCAACGCCACUGGAUGGAAAUAACCAACGCAUUGCCUACGACUCAUUGGUACCGCUACGAUCUUGACUGGUGGGGUUUAGAUUAUCCGCCUUUGACCGCAUUUCAUAGUUGGUUGUGUGGUUUUGUUGGUUUAUGGAUUAAUCCAGAAUGGUUCGCGUUGGAUACGUCGCGUGGUUAUGAAUCCAUGAACAGUAAGUUUUUCAUGCGGGCCACAGUGGUGGUCUCGGAGGCGUUGAUCUAUUACCCCGCAGUAUGGUGUUUUAGCCGAAUCGUGUUUCCCGAACAACAGAAAAAGGUAUAUCUUCUGGUGUUCCUUAUCCUUAUGCAACCAGCACUUAUUCUCAUCGACCAUGGUCAUUUCCAAUUCAACAGCGUCAUGCUAGGACUCACUUUGUGGGCCAUCAAUGGAUAUUUGACAAAGCACUACGUGUUGGGAUCAGUGUGUUUUUGCUUAGCGCUCGGUUUUAAACAGAUGGCUUUGUAUUACGCUCCUGCGAUCUUCAGCUUUUUACUUGGAACAUGCGUCUCGCUACCACAAAAACAACAAGGACUUUUGCUUUUUAUUCAACUGGGUGUUACUGUCAUUGCAACAUGUGGUCUCUUACUUUCCCCGUGGUUGACAUCCUUGGAUGAUCUGUUACAAAUUUUACAUCGAGUAUUCCCGGUAGCCCGAGGAUUAUACGAGGACAAGGUGGCUAAUGUAUGGUGUGCUAUCAACGUGGUCAUCAAGUUACGCAAUGUGUUAAGUCUGCAGUCGACUGUACGUCUCAGCCUUUGCGCUACUUUGGCUGCCAUUCUACCAAUUAAUAUCCAUCUCGGAGUAUCUCCAUCGCGUUCACGUUUCGGCUAUGCUUUGGUCAAUACAUCGCUUGCGUUCUUUUUAUUUUCUUUCCAAGUGCAUGAGAAAUCCAUCCUAUUGCCAGCUUUACCUGUCUCAUUGAUGUUAUAUCAUGAACCUGAUGCUGUCAAGGUUUUUAUGAAUGUCGCCAUGUUUAGCAUGUUCCCACUACUGAAGCGAGAAGAGCUAGUCAUUCCCUAUUUAGGUGUAACCAUUUUUUGGAACUGGCUUAUGGGUCCGUCGUUUUCAUCACCAGCCACAGCAACCUCUGUUCGGUUCGUCAAAUAUGCGAUCUAUGCCACAUUACUGGUUUGGCAUAUUACUGAAUACUUGGUAGUGCCACCAAGCCAUUGGCCUGACCUAUACAUUGUCGUCAAUGCCGUACUGAGUUGUGGCUAUUUUAUCUUACUGUUUUUGUAUUUUAUAUAUCGCCAAUUCGUUUCCCCUGCUACAGACGUUUUUGGUGAUGACACUUCUGCGGCUACCAAGAUUAAAUCUGCUUGA